GCUUUGAUAGGUAGCCAGUGAGCUAACAUGUGAGCAGUUGUGUGUAUUGUAUUGACAGGUACGCUGCUUAACACAUGUGAAAAAACAACAGUUAGCCUUUACCUUUCCUGGAGAAAAAAGGUUUAGAAUAUAUUAACGUUAUUUCCAUCGCUGGCUUUUACGAACAGGCUAACACUGAAGCUAAAGUUUAGCAUGUCCUCUGUCAGCCACUGUCAACACUACAAGCUUCAGUAGGCACCAACAGGACAUACAGCAGAUUUCAGUCAAAAUGUCUGCGUGUAAAAGGUUGCUUUACUUUGUGAAGCACAGAAGCUUGUGGACUCAUGUUCGGAGAAAUGUCACAACAUGGUCUCCUGUUGGAGCUGCGUUCAAUGCCAAAGCUCAGAGGAGGAUGAACCUAUUCGAGAAAAACGGGGGUUUGUUUGGAGUACCAGAGCUCAGCUGUCCUGCAGGCUUCCAAGUGGCCACAAAGGCAGCUCUGAAGAACACAGAGCGCCUGGUGGAAAAGGCCUGUUCGUGUCCUCCAGGGGUGGAGACAGUCGAGUCUUUCGACCAGCUCUCAGAUGGUUUGUGUAAAGUGGCUGAUCUGGCAGACUUUGUAAAAGUAGCACAUCCAGAUCCAGAGUUUAGGGAAGCUGCAGAGAAGGCCUGCGUAGAGAUUGGCACAGUUGUGGAGAAGCUGAACACGAAUGUUGAGUUAUGCCAAAGCCUAAAGAAACUGCUGAACAACCCGGACUUUGUGGCUCAGCUGGACCCUGAUACACGACGAGUGGCAGAGUUGUUCAUGUUCGACUUUGAAAUCAGCGGAAUUCAUCUGGAUGACAAACUGAGGAAGGAGGCAGUCGCACUUCACGUGAAGCUGUUGGAUCUAAACAACGAGUUUCUGGUCAGCUCUCACCUGCCCAACAGAAUCGCGAGGUCUGCCAUUCCCGAGCAUCUGCACCUGCAAUUUGCAAGUGAAGGAAGCUUCAUCCAAGUCGGGGGAUUACAUGCAGAUUCCCCAGAUGACUUGGUGCGAGAAAUUGCCUACAGGAUUUACCUCUAUCCAAAUGCAGAUCUGAUGGAGUGUCUGGAAGAGCUGCUGAAAUGCAGAUACAAACUGGCCAAACUGGUGGGCUACGAGUCGUACGGACACAGAGCCCUGAAGGGGACGAUGGCCAAGACGCCGGAGACGGUGAUGAGCUUUCUUCAGUUGUUAACAGACAAGCUGUCAGACAGAACAGCCAAAGACUUUAAGAUGAUGGGAGACAUGAAGAAAAAACUCAACCCUCGUAACUCUGAGCUCAUGCCGUGGGAUCACCCGUUCCUCAGUGGUGUCUUACGUGCUGAAAGGUACAACAUAGAGCCCAGUCUGUACAGUCCGUACCUGUCUCUGGGCGCCUGUAUGGAGGGCUUGAACAACCUCUUCACUCAGCUGUACGGUGUGUCCCUCAUGUCCGAACACCCGGGCGCUGGAGAGGUCUGGAGCGAGGAUGUCCGCAAACUGGCUGUGGUACAUGAGACAGAGGGACUGUUGGGAUAUAUCUACUGUGACUUUUUCCACCGGCAAGACAAACCUCAUCAGGACUGUCACUUCACCAUCCGUGGCGGCCGCCGGUGCCAGGAAACUGGUCAGUACCAGCUUCCGGUUGUGGUGCUGAUGCUGAGUCUGCCCCACCCCACCAAGAGCGCCCCCACCCUGCUCACCCCGGGCAUGAUGGAGAACCUCUUCCAUGAAAUGGGACACGCCAUGCACUCCAUGCUGGGACGCACGCGCUACCAGCAUGUGACAGGAACCAGAUGUGCGACUGACUUUGCUGAAGUCCCGUCCAUCCUCAUGGAGUACUUCGCCACUGACUAUAGAGUCAUCAGUCAGUUUGCACGGCAUUAUGAGACUGGACAGCCUCUGCCUGAGAGCAUGGUGGCCCGUCUCUGUGAGUCGAAGAAGGUGUGCGGAGCUGCAGACACUCAGCUGCAGAUUUUCUAUGCUGUCCUGGACCAGAUCUACCACAGCAAACCUCAGAACCGCUCCACCACAGACAUCCUGAAGGAGAUGCAGCAGAGCUUCUACGGCUUGCCUUAUACGCCCAAUACGGCAUGGCAGCUGAGAUUCAGCCACUUGAUUGGCUACGGAGCCAAGUACUACUCCUACCUCAUGUCCCGCGCCGUGGCCUCCAUGGUGUGGAAACAGUGCUUCCUUCAGGAUCCUUUGAACAGGGACAUGGGUGAGCGUUACCGUCGGGAGAUGCUGGCCCAUGGAGGGGCCAAGGAGCCCAUGCUGAUGGUGGAAGGGAUGCUGCAGAGGCGGCCCACCAUUGAGGACUUUGUGGACGCGCUGGUGUCUGAGCUCAACCCCAACUUUGAGACCUUCAUCAUGGACUCUGAAAGCUGAAAGAUGCCCCAUGGCGGCAUGGAAAACAGGCUCGAACCUUUGGGAGGUAAAGAGAGCACUGGUGAUGCCGGGCUAAGAGGUGAAAGACAUGCAGACAGGGUGCACCUCACUCUUACCAAACAUCUUCACUCUGUCUGGAAAUGAAUUGUUAGCAUUUUAUAUACUGCUGUCUCUCUAAAAGUCACAUUGACUUACUUGAUAUAUUUGCCUAAUUCUGCUGUUAAUAUAAGGUAAUAUGGAAAGAAUAUAGAGUUGCUACCAAACCUGGAAACUCCCGAUUAUGUCUAAAUAGUCAUUGCUGCAGAUUAUUAUGGUAUAGUGUCCCAUUCAAACACUUCCCAAUGCUCUGGACUCCCACGUGUCACCAUGCAUAGCAUUUCAACAGACUCCACAGCACAGCACGUGCUGUUAUCAUAAAAACAUUUUGAGUUUGUACAUGAGCUUUUUCACCUUUUGUCAGCACUGAACUUGUACUCUGUAAUGAUAAUCCCUAUA